AUGCACGCAGUCACUUUCACAUGCGCUCGCAAGGCAAUGUCACUGCCAAUUCGUCACCUGAGCCACAACUUGACGAAAGGCAGACAAGUUGCCCGAUUUUCGCAAUGCACCGCCCGACUGCGCAACGACGUUCAGCCUCAGCAUGACAAGGUGGAGAAGCAGGGGCGAGACGUUCCACCGAAACAAGAGGAACAAACGGAAAAUGGUGGUCAAUCACAAAGUCGCGGGCGGAAACUGCCUGCCUUCGUCCUCUUCGCCGUCGGCGCUCCUCUUGGAUGGUAUUUGAAUGAUCUCAGGGGUGCACAGCACAAUUCACGAGUCUCGAGACCGGGCGAGUUCGUCAAAUACACCCUGGUAGGCAAGGAUAAUGUCUCCUCCACCUGCGCCAUAUUCAAGCUAAAGCCGGCUGGAAAUGUCGUCGUGGAUCUGGACGACCCAUCUCUGGAACGGGCCAUCACGAGCAUCGAGUUCAAGCAGCCACAGCUGCAGAUUGCUCGCUCGUACACAUGUCUACCGCAAGAGCAGGGCCAAGAUAUGGAUGAAUUACGCUUCCUGAUUCGGAAAGAACAGAAGGGAGAGGUGUCGUCAUUCUUGCACAGACUGCCUCUCAAUGCUGAGAUCGAAAUUCGGGGGUUGAAAUCGGAAUACGUGCUACCGGAGGAUGUGGCGAGUGCCAUUUUUCUUGUGGGAGGAACCGGUAUCGCUCCAGCUCUGCAAGCUGCAGACAAGUUGGACGGCCAAGCCAACAUGCACAUCAUGUGGGCAAGCAGACGUAGGGAGGAUUGCAUAGGUGGCUACAACGACAGUCUUCCAACGAAGCGUGCUUGGGGAUGGUGGCAAGGGUCUACGGAAGCGGAGAGGAACAUGGCCAAAUUCCCCAUCGCCGAACAAGGAGGAUUGGUGUCGCUGCUGGAAUCAUUAAAAAGAAGAUCCGGCGAUGAUGAAGAGAAACACCCCAAGCUGAUCGUGGAUUACUACGUCGACGAAGAAGGUACUGCCGUCAAGGCCGAAGAAGUCAAGAACGCUUUACACGCUUUGUCUGGUUCACCCACUACUGGUGAGAGCUCUGGCAGGAAGAUCCUCUUUGUGAGUGGCCCACCGGGUUUCAUCACUUACUGGGCGGGAUCUAAGCAGUGGGCUGGAGGAAGGGAGGUUCCUGGCCCGCUCAGAGGAGUGCUUUCAACGAUUGACCUUCGUGGGUGGGAGGUCGUCAAGUUGUGA